GCGCAGCUGCGCGGCGCUUCCAGUCUCCCAGUGCCGGUCUGUGGUCUCGUCUGGCGGCAGGGGGGAAGCUGAGCGGACCGGAGCACUGCCAUGGCGUCCGCACUGAUGGCUUGGGUUUGGACCGGUUUAACUCUAGCCCAGCUCAACAACGCAGAGAGCCACCGGUACGCACACGGACGUGUGACCGGCCAGGAAGAGCUUUACGGCGGCAGCGAGCAGACGUUCGACGCGGAUCCAGAAAACUGGAGCCACCGAAGCUUCCCAGCGCCGGUUUGGAAUUUCCUACAGGGUAUUGGAAAAAGUCCAGAGAUGUCAGAUUUCAACCGGCCACAGUAUCGCUGCAGUAAUGGGACAAUUUUCCUGCGCUUUUCACUCAUUCGAUACACAAAUCUGCAUCUGGAAGAUGGGGCGCGUUUGUUGUCGCUGCCAGACGAGUGUCAAAGUUCGGUUCAGAUUUACAGGUGGUGGUUGCUGGUGAAGCUUCCGUAUACUGGCUGCCACACAGCAAUAAAGGCUGGAGAUGAAAUUGGUUUCAACCCGUUGAAACUGCAUUAUUUCGACCGUCUACUGCAGGAGAACAUGACGGGCAUGGCCGUCUGUGACCCUCCGGUAAUGUCAGCAGGGGCAGCAUCACCACUGGUGACUUGUGGAACGACACAUGUUACUGUGAGGCUGCCUCGUGAAACAAAACUGAUGAAGGUGAAAGAGCUUGGUUUCACCAAUGAAGGAUACUCAGUCAGACAAUCGAAGACCUCCAGUACAUUAUUUGUGGAUAUAUCAAAGUUACCAGACGGAGAUUCUGGCUAUGAACUUCUUUAUGUCGACGCUACUGGGAGACUGUGCACGAUGCUGGCAGCUUGCUCCCCUACAUUGCGAAAAAAAGUUGGGAGGCAUCAUGUUAGGAGAGCUCUCGAGGAACCGGAUUUAUUCAACCUGUGGGACUUUGAAGAUGUUCCUGUUGAACCAUUUGAUCCGCAAAUAACACAGACGACGACACAGACUACAGCCAGUUCAGCAGCAGAUACAACCACAGCCCCAAUACAAGAAACUGAUAUUGAAGGAUUUUAUGAAUUGUGGGACUUUGAAGAUGUUCCUGUUGGACUAUUCGAUCCACAAACACAGACAACACAGACGACACCCUGGUCAGGAACAGAUACAGACACAGCCACAACAGAGGAUAAUGUUGACAUUUUUGGUUUGUGGGGAUAUGAAGAAAUUCCUGACGAGCCAUAUGCUGGAAUAGAUGCAGAGAUUCCAGUGUCUACAACUUCCACAACCUCAGCCUUCACUGCUUUUCCCAUCGCGAUAUUGUCUACCACUGCUACUUCAACCACAGCAACAACAGAAACCCAAACUGUGUCUGCCACAGUUACUACUGCUGCGGCUGCGCCUGCCACGACGAGCACCCCAGCCGCCGCCACCGCCACGUCGAGCGCCGCGACGGCCGCCACGACGAGCACCACAGGCGCCGCCACGACGAGCACCACAGCACCACAGGCGCCGCCACGACAGCCGCCGCCACGACGAGCACCACAGGCGCCGCCCAGCGCCGCCGCCGCCGCCACGAGCACCACAGGCGCCGCACAGCCGCCGCCACGACGAGCACCACAGGCGCCGCCACGACAGCCGCCGCCACGACGAGCACCACAGGCGCCGCCACGACAGCCGCCGCCACGACGAGCGCCACGACGAGCACCACAGGCGCCGCCACGACGAGCGCCACGACGAGCACCACAGGCGCCGCCACAGCCGCCGCCACGACGAAAGCCAGGCGCCGCCACGACAGCCGCCGCCACGACGAAGCGCCACGACGAGCACCACAGGCGCCGCCACGACAGCCGCCGCCAUUUAUUUAGCGCCACGACGCGCCACGACGAGCACCACAGGCGCCGCCACGACAGCCGCCGCCACGACGAGCGCCACGACGAGCACCACAGGCGCCGCCACGACGAGCGCCACGACGAGCACCACAGGCGCCGCCACAGGGGCCGCCACGACGAGCACGACGAGCACCACGGCCGCCGCCACGACGAGCGCCACGACGAGCACCACAGGGGCCGCCACGACGAGCACCACGGCCGCCGCCACGACGAGCGCCACGAGCACCACGGCCGCCGCCACGACGAGCAGCGCCGCCACGACGAGCGCCACGACGAGCGCCACGACGAGCGCCACGACUGGCAGCCCCUCCUCCACCACGACAACGGGUGUCUCGUCCACGACUGGCAGCCCCUCCUCCACCACGACAACGGGUGUCUCGUCCACGACUGGCAGCCCCUCCUCCACCACGACAGGCGCAUCCUCCACUACGCGCCCCAGCUUGACAACGACCGGUGGUGCCUCAACAACGCGUGUCUCCUCCAUGACUGGCAGCCCCACCACCACAACCAGAAGGGGUGCUGCCUCCACUACGAGCCCCGGCUUGACAACGACGAGCGGUACUUCCUUCACCAAGAUGACUGCUGUCUCGACAACCGGUCUCUUUACCCCGACUGGCAGCCCCUCCACCCCCACGGCAUCCAGUGGUGCCUCGUCCACCACUACCGGCAGGCCCUCCAGCCCCAGCCCCACGGCUUCCAGUGGUGCCUCGUCCGCCACCACCGGCAGACCCUCCAGCCCCAGCCCCACGGCAUCCAGUGGUGCCUCGUCCACCACCACCGGCAGACCCUCCAGCCCCAGCUCCACGGCAUCCAGUGGUGCCUCGUCCACCACCACCGACAGACCCUCCAGCCCCAGCUCGACGACGACCAGAGGGGCCGCCUCGUCCACCACCACCACGAUGACUGCUGCCUCGACGACGACCAGUGGGGCCGCCUCGUCCACCACCACCACGAUGACUGCUGUCUCGACAACCGGUCUCUUUACCCCGACUGGCAGCCCCUCCACCCCCACGGCAUCCAGUGGUGCCUCGUCCACCACUACCGGCAGGCCCUCCAGCCCCAGCCCCACGGCUUCCAGUGGUGCCUCGUCCACCACCACCGGCAGACCCUCCAGCCCCAGCCCCACGGCAUCCAGUGGUGCCUCGUCCACCACCACCGGCAGACCCUCCAGCCCCAGCUCGACGACGACCAGUGGGGCCGCCUCGUCCACCACCACCACGAUGACUGCUGCCUCGACGACGACCAGUGGGGCCGCCGCCUCCACCACGACCGGCAGCCCCAGCUCAACGACGACCGGCGGGGCCGCCGCCUCCACCACCACCGGCAGCCCCAGCUCAACGACGACCGGCGGGGCCGCCGCCUCCACCACCACCGGCAGCCCCAGCUCAACGACGACCGGCGGGGCCGCCGCCUCCACCACCACCGGCAGCCCCAGCUCAACGACGACCGGCGGGGCCGCCGCCUCCACCACCACCGGCAGCCCCAGCUCAACGACGACCGGCGGGGCCGCCGCCUCCACCACCACCGGCAGCCCCAGCUCGACGACGACCGGCGGGGCCGCCGCCUCCACCACCACCGGCAGCCCCAGCUCAACGACGACCGGCGGGGCCGCCUCGUCCACCACCACCACGAUGACUGCUGCCUCGACGACCGGCGGGGCCGCCUCGUCCACCACCACCACGAUGACUGCUGCCUCGACGACCAGUGGGGCCGCCUCGUCCACCACGACCGGCAGCCCCAGCUCGACGACGACCGGCGGGGCCGCCGCCUCCACCACCACCGGCAGCCCCAGCUCGACGACGACCGGCGGGGCCGCCUCGUCCACCACCACCGGCAGCCCCAGCUCGACGACGACCGGUGGGGCCGCCUCGUCUACCACCACCGGCAGCCCCAGCUCGACGACGACCGGAAAGUUUUAGAAUACAUCAAUUUUUCCAACUGUUAG